AACCAGGAAAUGAGUUGGUCGUCGAGUGAUGAUUUUUUUGUGAGCUCAAAGUUAGAGGUUUUCGCGGUUGACCUCUUUUCCGAACCAUUAGAAUUGACACGGUGCAAAGCUGUCGUCUAUGAUGGGCCGAAGGGUGAUGAUUUCAAGAGGUUCUUGCGGUCUAAGAACUUUCGAGUAAACCGUCAGGGAAAAGCUAUUGUACGUGUCCAAAAGCGUGACGACGAUGGUGAAUUCCUUGAAGGUGAGUAUGAUACCUUCGUUCUAGAAACUGUGGUACCAUUAGGCCCUUUUGCUUUCCAGAAUGUACCGUUAUCGAAGCCACAAGUAGUGAACGAAUUGCAAAGCCUCCUAGACAAUACCAAGGCUGAGUUGGCAAAGAAGAAUGAUGAGCUUAAUGAAAUGCAAAGCCUCCUGGAUAAUACGAAGGCAGAGUUGGCAAAGAAAAAUGAUGCACUUAAUGAAUUGCAAAGCCUCUUGGACAAUACCAAAGAUGAAUUAGCGAAGAAGAAUGAUGCUCUUAAUGAAUUAAUGAAGCAGAAGAUUGAUCAAGACUGGAAUCCUGAACAAUUCGACUGACUAUCGUUGCAAUCACAAACUCAAUGGAGAGAGUGUUCGUUCAUUUUGGUCUUGAACCACCGGCAAGUGGAGAUCCAGGAUCUGUGUUGAAGUUUCUCGAGAUGUUACGUGAUCUAUUCCUUCACACA